AUGGAAACCCUCUUCACAACCUCCAAGCCCAAACCCCAAAUAACCACCACCACCACCACCACCACCCCCUCCGCCACCCGCCUCGAAAUCAUUCUCCUCGCCCUCUUCAUCCUCUCCCUCGUCCUCCUCCUCCUCUUCAUCCUCGCCCUCGCCCUCCGCCGCCAAGUAUCCACCUCAACCAACAAACGCCGUCACCACCGCAGCAGCCACCAACCCGACGUCCAUGGCCGCGCCUCCUCACCAUGUCUAUUCAACACGGCCUUCGGCGGCGGCCCACUCCCUCACGAACUCUUGCUGUCUUCUUCUACCUCGUUACCCGCAGACGGGAACGAGAAAACGUCGCUGCUCAACCGCGUCAGAAAGGCAAGCGAGGAUCUUGCAGAGGCGGUGCAAUACGAGUUGAUGGAGCUGGGGAGGAAGGUCUCGGCGCAUGGGAGGGCGGUGGUGGUGGGUGCCACCGCGGUGAGGAGGGAGCAGCAGGAGAGGAGGACGGCGAGGGAUGAGGAGGUUGGGUUGGAUGCCGCCGCUGGGAGUGGUCUUGCUGGUCAACAACAGCAUGGGUUUGACGGUUGGAGGGAUCAAGACUGGGGUUGGGAUACGGAGGCUUGUAGUAUGGUUGGGCCGAAGCCGAAGACGAAGCUGGAGACUGUAGUGAGGAGGUCGAUUAAUUGGGUGAUGGAUCGGGGUGGUAGGAGGUCGAGUUAUGCUUACUCUCGGGGGUUUGCUUCGCCUUGUAAUACGGGGGGAUUUAGGCCGAGGAUGGGGGUUGGUGGUGGUGGUGGUGGUGGCGGGAGGAGGAGGAGUUUGGCUGUAACGGGGGCUGAGUAUGCUGUGUGA